GGAGAUGGGCACUGAUUUUCGGGGGAUGGAGCACCGACCUGGACGAGGAAGAGGUUCUCGGCAAGGCGCGUAAACUGGUGGCCGACUUAUCGCUGGACAUUGACCUGGGUAAGGCCUUCAUGCCGGGCAAACAAAAAGGGUUCCUGAUCGUGCCGCUGCAGCCGCGGACGGGAGAGGACCGUGCCAAGCUCCAGCGCCGGGCAAUCGCUUCAGUGCAAAUAAUCAGAAAGGUCGCCCUCCCUACCGGAGGCACAGACAAAUCAGGAAGACCAGCCAAGCUUCGGCUUGCUAUCAGCAAGUCCCCCGAGCAGCGUCGCCGAACACGGCAGAUGUCCAAGAGCAAACGCGCGGUCCUGGAGGGCGCUGACAAGAACGCUCGAAGCCUGGCAGUGCGUGCAGACUACAAAUCCGGCACGCUGUGGUUGGACGCGCGCAAGAUACCGAGAACCAGCGCGGCCACAUCGGCGUAUGGAUGGCUGGAUGUCGAAGCGGUGUCCGGCCACGGGUGA